AUGGCGUCAUCCAGCGCUCAGGACGAGACAGAGAGUGGUACUGUGACUCCAUCACAGGAUUUCCCACAGGCAACACGUUUGCUUGAGACGAGAUUAUUUCACCAGUAUAUGACUUCAACAUACCACACCCUGUCACAGGAUGGACUUUCAGCACACCAUCUCUCCAUGACUAUUCCUCGCAUGGCCGCAUCUUGUCCUUAUUUGCUUGAUAGCAUUCACGCAUUUGCAGCUUUACACUUGGCCUCGGUUGAACCUGAUAAUCGGGCUUCAUGGCUAAACCAUGCCGUACGAUAUCAGAGCCAGGCAUGCGCUGGACUGAGCAUGGUUCUUCCAGAAAUCUCACCACCAGAUUAUGAACCAGCAUUUGUCUCGUCCGUCAUCAUAAUGCUUUUCGCCAUGGGAUCCCGAGUAUUAUCUGUCGAAAGUCGACCACUAGACCCGAUUUCGGUGAUUCUCGAGGCUCGCGCAUUGAUGUCUGGCCCGGCCAUGCUUCUGUCCCGGAUACUUGAAGGCGGCGUUGAAGCGCAGCUGGAUGGCUGGCUGUGCGCUCCUGAUACACAAGAAAGCCUCGAGAGUGGGGAACAUGAUCAUAAUGGCAACCCGGUCGAAAACACACAGGUAUUAUUCAGCCUACACAAAGAUAUAGUCAAGUCACUGGAUCGACUUCGAUCGAGGAUUGACAUAACAAAAGAAGAGGAUCGACCGAUUUACCAAGCCACAUGGCAGCGGCUGCAUCAGGCCAUUGAGCCGUGGCCGAAGAUUGGCCCACAUGGCGGUCCCCUUGCAUGGCCCUUAUACCUCUCUGACAAGUUUUCCUCGCUGCUCCAACGGGGAGACUGGCUUGCCCGAGUUCUGCUUCUGCAUUUUGGCAUAGCUAUGCGUCUUCUGUGUCACCGAUGGUACGUGCGUGACUGGGGUCGUCGGCUCGUAUUGGCCACACUGGAACCACUGGAUGAAAUUCCGCCGGAGUGGGAGGAUACUAUUUCCUGGAUAAGACGAGCCGCUGCAAGGGAGGACUAG